AUGGAUAUCUAUACGGCAGCAAAUGAAGGUGAUCUCGGGAAGGUUGAGACAUUGUUAGAAAGCGAAACAAGGGAUACAAGGGUCCUUAAGAUAAACACUCCCAAUGCGGUAGGAGAAACGGUCCUCCAUAUUGCAUCACGCAAAGGAUACCUUAAUAUCGUUGACUAUUUGGAGUACAAAGGAGCCAAGCUUGAGCUGGUUGAUAACGAGGGCGCGACUCCUUUUCACUGUGCAUCUAGGUAUGGUCACCUAGACAUCGUUCAAUUUCUAGACAGUACAGGGGCAUAUCUCGAAGAUGUUGAUGAGGAUGAUAAAGGAGCACAGCCGGAUAAUGCCAAUGAGAAAGGUUGGACACCUCUUCAUUUGGCAUCAGCUGCCGGUCACCUUCAUGUUGUCAAGUACUUGAUCGAUAGCCAAGGAAUGCGUUUAGAAGAGGGAUUUAAAAGUGGUAAGACACCUCUCCACUUGGCAUCUUUGAAGGGUCAUCUUGAUGUAGUUCAGUAUCUUGACAGCAAAGAAGCAACAUUAGAGAAGGCUGACGAUGAUGGUAAAGUACCACUUCACUAUGCAUCAUUAAAUGGUCAUCUUAAUGUUAUCCAGUAUCUUCACGGUAGAGGGGUUCACCUAGAUAAGCAAGAUAAUGUUGGCGAGACAGCACUUCACAUUGCAUCAAGGUGUGAUCAUCUUCACAUUGUGCACUAUCUCGUUGGAAUUGGAGCACAACUUGAUAAGAUAAGCGCUAGUGGCUUGACACCUCUUCACUAUGCAUCGUUCAAAGGAAAUGUUGAGAUUGUUCAGUGCCUUGUUGAAAAAGGAGCACAGCUUGACAUAAGCGAGGCAACAGGGAACACAGCCCUACAUCUUGCAACAUUGAGUGGACAUGAUCAAAUUGUUCAAUAUCUUUGUAAAAAAGGAGCACUACUUGAGAAGGUUGCCGCUAGUGGCCAGACAGCUCUUCUUUACGCAUCACGCUUGGGGCAUAUUCAUGUCGUUCAAUAUCUCGUCGAGGGUGGAGCACAACUUGACAUGGUUGAUGAUAACGGUCACACAGCUAUUAACAUUGCGUCAUCGAAAGGUAACCUAGAAUUAGUUCAAUAUCUUCACAAUAAAGGCGCUUCACUUGAUAAGGAUGAUAAUGAUGGUCGGUCACCUCUUCUUAGUGCAGCUUUAAAUGGUCAUCUUGAAAUAGUGAAAUAUGUCGACAGCAAAGGAGCACAAAUUGAAAAGACUGAUAAGACUGGUACGACGGGACUUCAUCAUGCCUCUUCUACAGGGUUUUUAGAAGUUGUUCAAUAUCUUGUUAGCAUAGGUCUACAGAUCCAACAGAAGAAUAAAUAUGGUUAUACAGCACUGCAUCUUGCAUCAGCGUGUGGUCACUACGAUGUUGUACAAUAUCUUGUUCAAAACGAGGCACAGGUCGAGGAAAGAAAUGAAGAAGGCGGCACAGCACUCCAUUAUGCGUCUAUUAGGGGUCAUCGUAAUAUUGUUGAGUACCUUGUGAGUAAAGGAUCACAACUUGAGGAGAAGGAUAAUUAUGGAAGAACGGCUUUUCACUAUGCUUCAUUGGAGGGCAAUCUUGCUCUUGUUCGGAGUCUUGAUAGAUUAGGAGCACAGCUUGACACUAGUUCAAAUAAUGGAAAGACACCCCUCCACUAUGCUUCAACCAGAGGCAAUCUUGACGUUGUGGAGUAUCUUGUCACUAAAAGAGUACAAAUUGAUAAGGGUGAAUUAAACGACAAGACACCUCUUCACCUUUCAUCAGCCAAUGGUCAUCUUGAGAUUGUCCAGUAUCUCGUAAGCGAAGGAGCCCGCCUUGACAAGAGUGAUAAUGUUGGUUCGACACCUCUUCACACCGCAGCAUUAAACAGUAAUUCUGAUGUAGUUAAGUAUUUGGUUGACAAAGGAGCUCCGAUUGCAAAGAGAGAAGAUAACGGCAUGACACCACUUCACAUUUCAUCAUCGGUUGGAUGCCUGGAUAUAGUUCAGUUUCUCAUUAGUAAAGGAGCACAACUUGACAGUACAGAUGACAAAGGUAUGACAGCCCUUCAUUAUGCAUCAUUACUAUGUCACCUUGGUAUAGUUCAGUGUCUCCUUUCUGCAGGAGCAACGGUAGAGCAAAAGGACAUGACUGGUAAAACACCUCUCAUUUAUGCCUUAGGACAUGAUCAGUUAGAUAUAGUUCAGUAUCUGGUCAACAACGGAGCCCAGAUUGACACCAGUGACAAUGAAGGUAGCUCACCAGUCCAUGUUGCAUCACAAUUAGGUAAGCUUGAGGUUUUGGAGUUUCUUUGGAGUAAAGGGGCACAGUUUGAGAGGUAUUCAAAUUAUGGUAUGGCACCCCUUCACUGUGCUUCAACCACUGGCAAGCUUGACGUUGUCCAGUUUCUUGUCAGUAAAGGAGCUCUCCUUGAAAAGAUUGCUGAUGGUGGUCUAACACCUGUUCAUGAUGCUUCAUUAUAUGGCCAUCUUGAAGUUGUGAAAUAUCUACGAGAGAAGGGAGCACGGUUAGAUGUGGUUGAUAUAGGGGGUAGAACCCCUCUUUUCUUGGCAUCGAUGUUGGGCCAUCUCAAUAUCGUUGAGUAUCUCCAUGACGAAGGGGAGGAGAUUGAUACAUGUGCGAAUGGUGGUAUGACACCACUUCACUAUGCAUCAUCUUUUGGUCAUAUUUCUACUGUCCGAUAUCUAAUUGAUAAAGGGGGACAGUUUGAAAAAACUGACAAUGAUGGUCAAACAGCUGCUCUCUUUGCAUCAAGCAAUGGGCACCUGGAAGUUCUUCAAUAUCUUGAUAGUAAAGGAGCAGACCUUCAGAGAAGUGAUAACAAUUCAAAAACACCACUUCACCAUGCAUCAAUUAAUUGUAAAGUUGCAAUUGUUCGGUACCUUGUUAGUAGAGGAGCAGAAUUAGAGAAAGGCGACUGUGGUGGUUUGACACCCCUUCACUAUGCAUCAUCCAAUGGACAUUUGGACAUUGUCCAGUAUCUCGUUAGUAGAGGAGCAGAGGUUGAGAAGUAUGAUAAUGGCGGGGGGACACCUAUUCAUUAUGCAUCAUACAAUGGUCAUCUUGACGUAAUCAAGUCGCUCGCUGGCGAAGGAGCACACAUUGAGAACGUCGAUAAUAAUGGCACCACACCUGCUCAUGACGCAUCCAUAAAAGGCCACUUGAACAUUGUCCAGUAUCUCGAUAGUAGCAAAGGUGCACAACUCGAGAAGGGUGACAACAGCGGUAGCACACCUCUUCACUAUGCAUCAUCCAACGGCCAUCUUGAAAUUGUUCAGUAUCUUUUCAGCAAUGGAGUGCAGCUCGAUAAGCGUGACAUCAACGGCAGUACUCCUCUUCACAAUGCAUCAUUCGCUGGCCAUCUUGAAGUACUUCGGUACCUUGACAGUAAAGGAGCGGAUAUUGUUUCCCGUGAUCAAGACGAUAUUUCACCUCUUCACCUAGCAUCAUUCAGUGGCCAUCCUCCAGUUCUUGAAUACAUCCUUCACAAAGGCGCACAUCAAGGCCAAGACACUCUAGGUACCUCACCGCUGAUGCUUGCGGCAAGCAGAGGACAUCUGGACUGUGUACGCCUGCUUCUCGAAAACAAUGCAGAUGUUGAGGCAGAAGAUGCAGAAGGGUGGACAGCCCUUCAUUAUGCUGCAGUGAGCGGAAAUGAAACGGUGAUGGAAGUCCUGCUUGAUCGACGACUAACCUCAAGACUGUCAAGACGAGGCCAGCUGCCUAUACAUGUGGCCAUUAGCUCUGGCAACGUUGAUAUCUCAAAUAGUCUACUGAAUAAGGACUCAUCAUUAGUCAACUUCUCUGACGGAGAUGGCCUAACACCCGUUCAUCUAGCGACGAUUAAAGGGCUAACAUCAGUACUAGAGUUGUUGUUGUCCCGUGGCGCCGAGCUUAAUGGGCAAGCUAAUGAUGGUCAGACACCAUUGCACCUUGCUGUCAAACUAUGCCAGUGUAGUGAAAGAAGCGUGGAAUUGACGCCAAAGAUCAAGCAGAUUCAGGAAGAGAGUGGUGGAGAUAUGUUACCAGAGGAGGCUAUGGUGCAACUUCUAUUAAAUCAAGGAUCCAACAUCGAUAUCAAGGAUACAAAUGGGCUGACACCAGUACAAUAUGCAAAGAGCGAGCUAGUUCGGCAUUUGCUGUUACAGAGAAUUUCAGAAGAGGAAAGUGUUCAUUCGUACCGUGAACUUCCUGAUGUAAAACCUGCUGCGUAUAUCCGAGGAAGAGUUGGAUAUGAGGGUGGAAUCCUGUAUUUGGAUGGGUUCGACGUAUCCAUGAACAUCCCACCGCAGGCAGUGCGGCCUGGUUCUUACCACAAUGUCUCUAUCGGCUUGGCGGAUACUUCACAAGUUGAUACCGAAGAAGGGGAGUUCCUUGGAACUCAUGGUAUAGAAUGCACCUUCCCCGAACAAAAGACGUAUUCAAUGGAACGGCCUAUAACAUUAUCAAUUCCCCACACAGCGGUGACAGUUCAGUCAUCGGAUGUUCAUUCGGACAUUAUCUGGAGGCCUACGCAAUCAACAGAAGGUAAAGAACAGCGAGGAUUUUUCAUUUCAAGCUACACUUAA